AUGCCAUUUUCUUGUCAUCCCGUUAUUUUGUGCCUUUGUGUGUUAGAUUCUUGUAAGAAGCUGGACGUUCAUUUGGAAGUUUGUCUUACUGUGUUGGCUCCUCAUCUUCUGUUACUAGUUUGGUCAAUAACUGGAUACCUUUUUAUUGACUCUAGACUUAGUCUUUCUAGAAUUUCUGACUUCUGCAUGUUAAAGGAUAUUGAAAGGGAGAGGAAGAUAAGGGAUAAUCCUGAUUCCAUCGACGAGAACAUCGAUGAUGAAAUGUCUGAGAUCAAGCUUGCACAUUUCGAGGAGUCCAUGAAAUUUGCUCAUAGAAGUGUGAGUGAUGUUGACAUACUAAAAUACGGGGCAUUUGCUCAAACUUUGCAGCAGUCCCGAGGAUUUGGAACUGAAUUCCUGUUUGCAGAUUCAGAAGCCAGGAUUUCUGGAUCUGACCCUUUUGCUGCUUCUUCUGGUGGAGCCGAUGAAGAUGACUUGUAUAGUUAG